CGCGGCAUGGCGGACGCGGGCGGCUCGUGGCGGCCGCCGCGGCCGUGCGAGGACUACUGGGGGGAGUGGAAGCACUGCCGCGGGCUGCGCCAUGCCUUCCACCACUACUACGCGCACGGGGAGCUGCCGGCCUGCGGGCGCUGGCGGGAGGACUACGAGGCCUGCCGGGCCUGGGAGCGGCACCGCGCCGCCGCCGCGCAGGAAGCUUUGUGCAAGAGUGAAAGAGCUCGAGUGAUGGAAAGCCAGAAGUAUGCUCCGGUGUGGACACUCAGGAAAAGCCCCCCACCAGACUGGUAUCUACCCCUUGACCAGGACAAACCAAAUUAGGAAGGUUGUUUGCUGUGUUUGGUCAGUAACUUAAUACACAAUUCAGAACUGUGCUGCCUUUUUUUUCUUCCAUGUCAUCUUGAAGUUAUACAACUGUAGCUCUGCCCUGCAAUACUUGAGCACUCUUUCAAAAGUACUGAGAGUUUAUUUAAAUGCUGAGUAUUUUUUAAAGGGAGAGUUGAGGUGCUUAAUUUGUCUUGUAUUGCUAUCUUACACUUUAGGAUCUUGUCUCAGCAACUCAGCAGGCAACUCCCAAAUUAAUCCACACAUGAUCCAGCUCCUCUUGCUAGAUCAGGGCCUCUUCCCCUACCAGCUGGUGGUGUGCACUUUUGGAACAAGGUACCAACCCCAGGCCUGCAAAUGGGAAAAAAAACAAGCUGGGAAUCCUCCCUCCUGUUCAGGACAAUCCCAACCACUGGCAUUUAAAAGGCAUUUCCCAGAACAGGAUUGUUGUGGGUUAAGAGCUUCUCACCUGAUGGGGAGGUGCUGCAGAUCCUGAAACUGCCCCUUUGUGGAACUACUCUUGAAUGAUGGUGUGUGUUGUGGUAGUAUUCAAAACUACUACAAAAAUAAAGGUUUAAACAAAUGUA